UGUAUGAGAAAUCGAUUGCCUACAGUAGUAGCUGUACUAGUGAGAUUUCAACACCCAUGACUGAAAAUUCUUAUUCAGAUGUUGCAUCUUCUUUGGAAGAGCACAGUAAAGAGCCCACUACUGAAAACAUUGGUAGCAAAGUAGAUUUGCUGCAAUAUGCUCUUAAGGAAUGGAAAGGAAGCACAAAGAAAGCAGAGACAAUCCGGAAGGGGUAUGCUGAAAUGCCAUCAACACUGGGAGUUUCUCAUUUACGGCGUAUACGUGGUGACAACUAUUGUGGUGUUAGAGCAGCAGUUUUCCAAGUUUUGGCACAAGGUCUGGCAGUGCCUUCUGCUUACAGUACAUUACAAUAUCUAAUGAGCAGUGAAGGGCAUAAUUUGGUACAAGAUUGGACGUUUGCUGGUAGAUUACCAUACGAAGGAAGUAAUGUACUUUCUGGCGUUGAAUCCUGUCUGCAGAGCCUAGAUAAUAUGCCUCGUCUGCUGGCAUCACAUACUGCAAACAGAGAAGAUGAAGUAACACAUAUUUUAAAUUCCAAUUCUACAAUGGACCUGCACAUAAUGGAAGCAGUUAAACUACAUAUGCUUAAAAAUGCUAUUGAACUGUACCAUAACUACACAAAUGGGGAAGAUGUUCCAUUAUUUGCUACAUUAAUGUUCUCUCGAGACACUUCAGAAACACCCCGAGAACUGAUGAGAAAUCAUUUACUUGAAGUUGGAAACACGGCUGGACUGGAGCAGAUUGAAAUGUUCCUUUUGGGUUUUACACUUCAUGUAACAUUACGGGUGGUAAGACCUUCAAUGUAUGGUACAGAAGAAUACAUAUGCUGUUAUCCUGAAAACAGUAAUGAGGACUGGCCUCAGGUGCUCCUUAUAGCAGAGGAUGAUCGACAUUACAAUGUUCUUGUUGAAUGAAGCAGAUUACAUCUUGAUGUAUUUAUACAGCUGGAAGAGAAGAACCUGAGAACAAACAGGACAUGAAAUGUUAUAUAUACAGCCCAGCAGACUUAUAAAAUGUGUUCAGAUAUUGAAAAUUCAAAAUAAAUUUUAUUAUCAGUUCCUGAAUUGUGAGAGCUUCUAGUGUGUGCUUGACAUGGCUCUUGGAAUUACCAAACGUGUUCAGUUUUUCAUUCAAGUGACUGUUCUGCAAGACAGAAGAAUUUACUAAACGAGAAAAUUGCCACCAUUAUUGAUAUUAGUUAAUUAGUGAUAUGGCCCAUAUCUAAUAAAGGAAAGUUACACACACACACACAGAGAGAGAGAGAGAGAGAGAGAGAGAGAGAGAGAGAGAGGAGAAGAAAACAGAUACAUACACAUUAUUACAUAGAACAAACUUCUGUUUUGUUUUGUUGCUUCCACAGGUAGGGACAUGAAAAAAAAAGCUGCUUGA